AUGGUUGGGCAGGGCCAUCCCCUCGGCGUGACGCCGCCGAUCUCCACCGCGUUGCCAACCGAUGCCGAGCAUGCGACCAACAAGACAAUGCUUGAAGAACUGAAGCAGCAAAAGACGUUUGAGUCACCGGCAGAAACACAAAAGAGACACCAGGUACUCGAGCAACUCCAAACCAUUUGCGAUGAAUUCGUCAAACAAGUGGCACGAAAGAGAGAGGAAGGCAGCGAAGCAUUAAUUAAAGAUGCCCGAGGUAGGAUUUUCACAUAUGGUAGUUUUAGGCUCGGGGUUUACGGUCCUGGGUCCGAUAUCGAUACUCUUGUUGUCGUUCCCAAGUACGUCACGCGCGACGACUACUUCGAAAUCUUCCCGGGCCUUCUCCAGAAGAUGACACCAGCCGACGCCAUCACCGAUUUGGCCGUGGUAUCUGACGCAUUCGUCCCCAUCAUCAAGUUCGAGUUCUUCGGCAUAAGCAUCGAUCUGAUUUUUUCGCGAAUCGCCAGCCUGAAGCAGCUUCCCAAAGACCCGCAAUGGAGUCUUGCAGACUCCAACCUUCUCAGGGGUCUCGACGAGCGGGAGCUUCGGUCCCUGAAUGGCACACGUGUCACCGACGAGAUAAUAAACCUAGUACCUGAGCCCAGCACCUUCCGGCUUGCUCUGCGAGCAAUCAAACUCUGGGCCCAACGCCGAGCCAUCUACGCCAACAUUAUGGGCUUCCCCGGCGGUGUUGCGUGGGCCAUGCUCGUGGCUCGAGUCUGCCAACUGUAUCCAAAGGCCACCAGUUCCGUCAUUGUUAACAAGUUCUUCCACAUCAUGAGGCGGUGGCCCUGGCCGCAACCUGUCCUCCUCAAGGCAGUCGAAGAGGGGCCUCUACAGGUCCGCGUUUGGAACCCAAAGCUGUACCGCGGCGACCAAUUCCAUUUGAUGCCCAUCAUCACACCCGCGUACCCGUCCAUGUGUGCAACCUUCAACAUUACCAAGUCGGCCAUGACGGUUAUACAGCGCGAGCUGCAACGCGGUUGCGAAAUUACAGACAACGUAAUGCUUUCCAAACGGCCGUGGGGCGACCUCUUCAUCAAACAUACCUUCUUUACCUCAGGGUACAAGUAUUACAUUUCCGUUGUUACAACCAGCACCACCAAAGAGGCGCACAAAAUAUGGUCUGGCUAUGUUGAGUCCAAGGUUCAGGAAGGUAGUUUACAGUAUCUUGCCGGGCAAGAGACUACAGAGACCCCCAACCCCGAAAUCGUGGUUGCAAAGACCGAAGGCGGUCUUGCCUUAGACGGCUUACCAUUGGAUGGAACUACGGAGACGGGAACCGAAGCCAAUGGAACUGGUGAAGGGGUCGAAGAAGAGGUGCAGACAUGGCCGACAAACGUUUUCACUACCACUCACUACAUCGGUCUCGAGCUGGGCGAAGGCGCGAAAUCACUUGAUCUUUCCUAUCAAGUCGACAGUUUUAAGCAACUAUGCGGCCAGUGGGAGAAGUACAGCGCAAAACUUAACCAUUUAACGGUCCAACACGUUCGGAACUUCAAUCUUCCCGACGAUCUCUUCGAACCGGGCGAGAAGAAGCCGCAGAAGCAACAGAAGAGAGCAGCUGGCGCCAACGGCUCGGCGCAGACGAAGAAGCGCGGCGCCUCGGAGCUUUUGCCAAUGCUCUGGCAGGGUAGGGAAGAUAUGGUUUCCCACGGAAGGUUGUGGCGCCGGGUAGUGGUCCACAACCUGUGA